AUGACUUCGGCCAGCUCGUCGCUCGGAAAGAGAAGCCGAGAUAUGAUUGAGAGCGGCAAGGGCAAACUUCAAUCGCUUCGGGGCGUACGUAGAACCCAGUCCGACAGCAACCUUCGGCAGGCGGCUAAGCGAAAGAGACCUUCUACCGCGUCGGCAAUGGAUCUUGAUGUUGAUUCGGAGGAGGACUCGGAGGAGGAUUCGGAAGAGGAGCAGAAAUUCUUCACGCCCAAGAUGAAGAAGUGGCUGGGCCAGGGCUUGUACAUCGGGCAACACAGGCACUUUGAUGCUCGGCUUACUGAAACUCAAAACAAGGCUAAGCGGAAGUCUGUCGCUACGAAAGAGAACAAGAUUCUCCCGAUGCCCAUGUUCGCAGGCGAACGAUUGCUAUCGGUACCAUACAAGGACGGACGCGAUUUCAAGUUGCCGUUUGAUACCUUCUCCCCGCUACCUAGGAAGGCUAAGCCCGAGGACUGGAAGAAGACAUCGAGAAAUCUUUUUGUAGGCGAGGCGGGCACGCUAUGGAAGAAGGCCAAAGUCCAAUCUGACUCGUACUGCGAGUGCAGCCCAGAAGAUGGAUGUGGCGAAGAUUGCCCUAACCGCUACAUGUUCUACGAGUGUGACAGCACGAAUUGCCAUCUCGGACCUGAGUUGUGCACCAAUCGUGCUUUUGCAGAGUUGAAGCGCCGUGCCAAGGGUAACCGGUACGAUUAUGGAGUUGAGGUUCUCGAGACAGCGGACCGUGGCUUCGGCGUGCGUGCCAUGCGAACCUUUGAGGCCCAUCAGAUCAUCGUUGAGUAUGCUGGUGAGAUUAUCACCCAAGACGAAUGCGAUCGAAGGAUGAAGCACGAGUACCGGAACAACGAAUGCUACUACCUGAUGACUUUCCACAACAAGAUGAUCAUCGAUGCUACUCGCGGCUCGAUUGCUCGGUUUGUGAACCAUUCUUGCGAGCCUAACUGUAGGAUGAUCAAGUGGACUGUUGCCGGAGAACCUCGCAUGGCCCUGUUUGCUGGCGAGCGUGGAAUCAUGACUGGUGAAGAGCUGACCUACGACUACAAUUUCGAUCCUUUCUCAUCAAAGAACGUUCAAGAAUGUCGAUGUGGAACGAGGUCCUGCCGUGGUGUACUGGGGCCUCGACCAAAGGACAAGCCGAAGUUCACUCCCACGUCACUUGUCGCAGGCGCGAAGCGGAAAAUUCAGGAAGUCUUCAGUAACAAAGAGUCUCGAGGCUCAGCUUCCCCGAAGAAGAAGCGCAAGGUGGCUGAAAUUGCUCGAACUGCCAUCUCGAAGGCAAAGAAU